AUGGUUAUGGGUGUGGAAGGAGAGAUGAAUAAAACAGUAGAGGAUGGAAGCGAUUUAGGGGAGAGUGAUGAUGAGGAGAUUGAAGAAACGGAUGCUGAAGCUAUAAAAGUCGUGGAACAAAAAGUGGGAGGUUUUAACUGCCCUCUCUUCAUCCUUUCCAAAGCAGAAGAAAGAAGAAUCCAUAAGCCAUGGAAGAGAGGGGUUAUUGUGAAGCUGUUAGGAAGAAAGAUUGGCUAUAAGGCUCUGGAGACAAGGUUGAAGCAGAUGUGGGUGAAGAAGGGGGUAAUAAACAUUAUUGAUCUCAGUAAUGACUACAAUCUCGUUACCUUCUCACAUGAUCAAGAUCAUACAACAGCAAUGCUAAACGGUCUGUGGUUUAUUUAUGAUCAUUACUUAACGGUUAAACCAUGGAGUCCUAAUUUUCAUCCACAAAGUGAUACGAUCAAAUCGGUCGCGGUAUGGGUGAGAAUAUCAGAAUUGCCUAUAGAAUAUUAUGAUUGUCGGAUUUUGCACCAUAUUGGUAACAAGAUAGGGAAAACAGUGAAGGUGGAUAAAAAUACAGUGUUACAUGCUCGUGGAAAAUAUGCUCGGAUCUGUGUGGAAAUUGAUCUAACAAAAACUCUUGUUGCAAUGUUUAUGAUUAACAAUCGGUCCUAUAAAGUGGAGUAUGAGGGCUUACACUUACUGUGUACAAGUUGUGGAAAAUUUGGACACUAUAAAGAAGGGUGCCAAGAAGGUGCAACUAAUAUCCUAACAGUGCAGGGUAAGAAAGGCCUAGAACAGGUGGUUGGGAAUCAAUCUGGAGACUCAGGUAGCAAGGGACAAGGUGGAGAUAAGUUCCUGGGAAAUGAAAGCAAAGGGCCUUGGGUGGUUGUGCAGAAACCGAGGCGUACUCGUAAAGGAAAAGAGAAGGACAGUAAUGGGUGGGUAGGCGGCGUGAAGAAAGUUCCGGCGACUACAAAUGAGGCAGUAAACAAUGAUCCGGUGAAAGUUAUUAACUUACCAAAAAUAGGAGGAUCUCGAUUUAAUCUCUUAAAUAGUGAGAUCAAUGAAUUGAUGGAGGAAGAUUCUCACUUGAAUGGGAAUGAGUUAAAUGGGUCCCUAUCUGUGGAGAAUGUGAAUGAUAUUAAUAGUAACCAAAAGAAGGAGUUGGAAAGGAAUAUUUCUAAGAAUGGAAACAUUAAUGAGUCUGAUAUAGCAGGUCAAUCAAAGAUACAAGAGGAGCUGGUGGUUUCCUUAACCAACACGGAAGAAAAGAAGAACUCAAAUAAUAGUAAACCAACGGGAUUGGCGACACGUGGUGGGAUUGUUAUUAAGGAGAAGUCUAGUGGAAUUAGUAAGAAGGGCAUCCAAGACAUGUUUGGAACAGCAAAAACAUGGACUACAAACUUGGAGAAGCAAGCGGAACUGUAUAAUUUGCAAAUUAAAAAAGAUCUCACCCUGAAAACUAAAGAGUGCUUCCAGUAUUUUAACACUGAUAAUAGUCUAGAAGAUGGUAAAUCAACAACUUUGCCGCAAGGUAAUGAUGAGGAAACAGAAGAAAAUUCCAUUGAUAAUGAGAAUGAUCUUACAAUGGAAGUGGUGGAAUAG